AUGUGUUUGAUCACACAGAGCCCUGAGCUUUGCCAACAUCCAGAGUGCCUUUUUUUUUAUUCAGCCUUUGCCCAAGGUUUGUUCUCCUUUAUUCAAUCCUCAUCAUUUGAGCAUGCCUACUCAAUCAUUGACAAUCAAAAUACGAUGCUGCGAAUGAUAAUUAACAAGAAUUUAGAGACUGAAAUUCUUCUUAAUCAGGUUUACGUGGAGGCCCAACAACUAGCUGUAUUCUUGUCCAAUCCCCGGCACUCUGAAAUUGUAGUCGAGCAAUCAUAUGAUUCAAGUGAGGUCUUUAGAUUAUUAAGAUCACGCAGCAAUUUCCAAUAUUCACUGCAUUUGGAAUCAACACUGCCAUCAGUGCUUUUCAAAGAACGAAGAUUUACAUUAGAAGUCUCUCUAAGGAAUGUUUCCAACGAAAUAGUAUUUUUAAGCAGCCAUACCCGGUUCAGAGUACUACUCUUCACGUCUGACGAGGAGCCAAGACUACUCAAAUGCAAUAUCAGCGGGAAAAAAAUCCUUCGAGGUACGACAGAAGCAGAAAUAAGUGAGACGGGAAUUGUCAAGUUUGAAAAUAUGGUCAUUAAUGAAGUAAGUAGCCACUACACAAAUGAAGUGUUUUUAUUAGUAGUGAUAUGUCUAAGCAGUAGCGACAUCAAGCCUCUUGUAAUUACUGAUGUAAAUGUAAAAGCUAGAACAAUGCAGAAGAAAAAUCAAAAGUAA